GUUCCUAUGAUAAUUAACUAUUGUGUUAUGUAUUUAAAUGUCUAUUAGUAAGUCUAUCCUUGAAAUGAUCAGGAACAAAAUUAAAAAAUGGACACUUUAAAUGAUUCUGUUAUAAUUUGUGAUGAAUCUCCAAAGUUAACAAGGAGGAAAGUGGCUUUAAGAACAAAAACAGCACAAAAAAAUGUAAAACGAACAUAUUAUGAAAGUCCUUUGAAACAUAUUAAGUUAAGCAGUAAAAUAUGGGAACAAUUACAAGCACAAAAAAGAUUAAGUAAUGGAGUUAAACGAGCUAUUAAUGAUAAAAAAAAAACUUUUUCUCUUGUAAAUGAAAGAUCUUUACAAGAUAGCAUAAUUGUUUUAAGUGAUAAUGAAAGUGAAUCAAAUAAAAAAGAAAGUAAUAAGAAAUAUGGACAAGAAAGAAAGAGGGGAAAAAGAUCCUUGGAACUAUCAGUAAAUGAUAAACAAAUCUCACAAUGUAAUUCAAAUGAAACUUUAAGUCAAAUAAUAACAGAUAUUAGUGCACCACCAAGAAAAAGACAGAAAAAGAAUAUAACAUUUUCAGAAAAUAGUUCAUCUUGCUUUUUAAAGUCCAAUACAAAAGAUUGUGAAAUUGCAACUAUUGAUUUAUAUGAUGAAAACAAAGCACCAGUGUCAAAUUCUGUAAAUCAAGGAUCAGAUGAAAUUGUUGUGGUAUGGUCAUCUACAAACAUUCCAUCACCACCUGUGGAUCAAUCAAAAAACAAAACUACAAAUGAAGACAAGGAUAAAAGAAUUUUUAUGAUAGAUAAUAGUCCAAAUCCAAAGAACCUUAGUUGUUUAGAAUGUAGUGCAGAAGUAAUGUUACAGCAUGAGAAAAAAGUAAAAAAAAAUGAUAUAGAAAACAAAGUGGAAAAAGAACAAGAAACAGAAGAUUUUAAAUGUCUACCUUUUAGUAAAAGUGGUUUAAAACUUCCUAAAGCUCAUAAUAUAAGUAAACAAAUUGUAAUGAAAAGACCAAAAGUUUACCACACAUUAAGAAAUUUUAGACAGCAAAUACCAAGCUGUUCUAUAUCUGCUACUGCUACUACGUUUACUACAUAUACUACACCUACUAUAUUUACUACAUCUACUACAUCUACUACAUCUACUACAUCUACUAGACCAGUUAUGUGCAAAUUUCAAUCUGCAUUUGAAUCUUCUAAGUUAUAUGAACCAUCUAAUCCUGGAUUUGUAACUAAUUUGGGGUCUACUUCUCAACCAUAUAGAACUGAAUUGUCUAUGGUUGUAUCAUCUAAAUCUCAACCAUCUAUUAAAUUAAGGGAGAUAGUUAUUGAUGGCAACAAUGUCGCUAUGGCGCAUAAAAAUGGUAAAACAUUUUCAGAAGAAGGAAUAAUGAUAGUUAUAGAUUAUUUCAAACAGAGAGGUCAUUCUGUAAAAGUAUUUGUACCUCAGCAUAGGAGAUCAUUAAACCAUCCAUUACUCGAAAAAUUAUACACAGAUGGAAUAGUGAUUUUUACGCCAAGUCGGAAUAUCGCUGGUAGGCGGAUAACUCCUUACGAUGAUCGGUUUAUAUUAGAGUAUGCUACUAUGUGUGGAGGUAUUGUGGUUUCUUUAGAUCAAUAUAGAGACUUAUAUAUGGAAAAGCCAGAGUGGCGUGAUACAAUCGAAAAUCGAUUAUUAGCACCAACGUUUGUAGGAGAUUAUGUAAUGUUUCCGGAAGAUCCCUUAGGUAGAAAAGGUCCUAAGCUUGAAGAAUUUCUGAGGUACUGA